GCUGUUUUACGACGGUGUGCCGCUUACACAAUGACAGUUUCCGUCAGUUUUACUAGCGAGGGCUAAAGCGCUCUGGCCAAAACCGUGUAGUUUGCAGUUUCACUUGGAAGGCGAAUUUCACAUAUCCAAACCAAUCGCUCGACACCAAUAACCACUUUUAAACGAAGAGCAGAUCAUUUUUUUUGGUUUCUUUCGAUCAACUUUGCCGAACUGUGAACUUUGGUUGAAGUUACUACUAGAGGCCCAGCUCCAAGCUUCGAGCGGCACCUCUAAAAGUUUGUUGUUGUCACGUGAUACGAAGGCGAAUGUAGCGAUAAAAAGUUUGGUAAAUAGUAAAAAAGACGGCUGCUUUGUUACAUCACGACUAUACUUACUGAAGAGUAUUUUCAACACAAUGCCUCAACCAAAACAUCGAAAGAUUGCUGUCAUUGGCUAUAGGUCUGUAGGAAAGUCAUCCCUUACAAUACAGUUUGUGGAAGGACAGUUUGUUGACUCAUAUGACCCCACCAUUGAAAACACCUUUAACAAAAUGGUCAGCGUGAAUGGCCAAGACUUCAACCUCCAGCUGGUUGAUACAGCUGGGCAAGAUGAAUACUCAAUUUACCCUCAGUCCCACUCAGUGGACAUCCAUGGAUAUGUCCUCGUCUAUUCAGUGACUUCUAUGAAAAGUUUUGAAGUUGUGCAGGUUCUACAUGACAAGUUGCUUGACAUGGUUGGAAAGAUCCAGGUCCCAACUGUUCUGGUAGGAAACAAAAAAGAUCUUCACAUGGAAAGGGUAAUCAAACAGGAGGAGGGAAAGAAACUUGCAGAUUCCUGGGGUGCUGCAUUCAUGGAGUCUUCAGCUAAGGAGAAUGAGACUGCUGUCGAGGUUUUUAAGCGGAUCAUUUUGGAAAUCGAGAAAGCUGACGGAAACGCGGCCCCAGAGGAGAAGAAGUGUGCUGUAAUGUAAACAUGUGUCCUCCAGCUCCUCUGCUGAAGACAGGAGGCACAACCUCACCAGCUCUCCAACCGUGACCUCAAAGAAACAGAGAUACUGCAGUGGAACUUUUCUGAUCCAUUAUGGUGCCACAUUGAUUUACACAGCAUUGCAGCAGCUGACAAGAGUUGGUGAACUCAUCCCAACCAUAAUCAGAGAUAAUUUCAGAGGGCAAAAAUAACCUGUUUAAAUCAAGGAAGCACCUUUAAUGAACAUGAAAUGAUCAGGGGGAAAAAUGAUGUCAUUGGAUAUAAAGGAAUUAAAUCCUCCUGUAGGAUUUAAUCCAAAAAACGUUUAUAAAUCUAAUGUUUGAAACACAGCUUUAGAUCCAGAACUCUCAGUACUUCCUGUAUCCAGAAAGUUCUGUGAUCUUCAUAGUUCUGGUGAUGGAGAGUCACGGUUCACAUUGCUUCAAAUGUGGUGUUUAAAUGUCACUAUCACAUACGGUGCCUUCUCACACUUUGAUCUUUAGAAAACCCAUCUUCGUGUGCAGUUUGUCGACAAACUUGGGCUCUGGGUUUUGGUGGAAGAAUGUGUCUAUUUAACGUACAGAUAUUUUAAGCCUUUCUGCCAGGCAGGCAGCCAUCUUCUUUUCAACAUUUCAACAUCUCCAUAACUGUAACUAAGUAGGACUUUUGUGUAACUCUCCCCAUAUCAAUUAGCAUAUUUUGAGAGAGAUCUUUUGUGGUUACCAAUUAAACAUUUUAUUACAUAUAAAUAGAAUCUUAGAAAAUUGUUUAAUAUUAUUGGAUAUAUAUAUAAUGAGUGAUUUAUUAGUAGACUGUGUACAUAACCACACUGUCAUGUACUUUGUUGAGUUGCAAUUUAAAAUUGCAUUUUAACUCUGUGUAAGAUCAGUGAAAUUUUGCUGCAUUUCUUUUUUUUUUUUUUUUUUUUUGAAUAAUGAUUUGAUUUUGACGGAUCAGGCUCACUUCAUAAAAACUUAGUCGGGAUGACAGGCGUCCCACUUCAGUUUUUCUCGUGAACAUGCUUGAAAUAUGUCCAACACUUUUGUUUUUCUUGCCUGUUAUAGCCUAACAGAUCCACAACACUGUGUACUUUUCCCACAAUCAUCGUAUUGUACCUAUAGUGGGUAAAUGUGUAAUUUUAUUAAGUGCUUUGCUGAGUAAGUAGUUAACAGAUCAAUGAUUGGUUGGUUUAAAGAGGUUGGUGAUGCUGUGUCGUAUGCCUUCUGGUUCCUUGAAUUUCCCUUCCUGCUAUCCCUUCACAACUCAAGGUGCUUAAAGUUUAAAAGUUUUUUUUUUUUUUUUCUUCCCCUUCUGUUGACGUGAUACCACGGGUGCAGGUGGUGGUCUGUACUGAACGCCAGUAUUCUCCUGUGGGUCAGUGUUAAUUCAGAGAACUUGCUGUAAACACUUUUGUAUAUAAAUAAGUUUCUCCUUUGAUGGAUCAUU